CGACGAACUUGCGGAAAAAAAACCGCAAAAGGUUGGUAAAAGUUCAGCAAAAUGGCGGCCUCCUCCAAAGCAACAAGCGGGCAACCCACGGGUGCAGAGAGUGUUUUUAGUUCUUUUAUGACCGAGGUAAAGGAAAUAGAGAAGAAAGAUUCUGUUUUAACCAGUAAACAACAGAUUGACCGCUUAUUACGUCCAGGAAGUACAUAUUUUAACCUAAAUCCAUUUGAGGUUCUUCAAGUUGAACCAGAUAUGAAGGUUGAGAUUAUCAAGAAACAAUACAGAAAAUUAUCAAUAUUAAUUCACCCAGACAAGAAUCCGGACAACAAAGAUCGUGCAUUAAGUGCUUUUGAAAUUAUAAACAAGGCAAUGAAGACUAUCGAGGAUGAGAAUCAUCGGAAACGUGUUUUAAAUACCAUACAAGAAGCCAAAGAAAAAACAGAAUUUGAAAUUGAAGAAAAGAGGAAAAAAUUAAAAAAGGAAGGAAAACCAACAAGUAUAGAGGAAGAUGACCCAGAAAGGCUAAAAGCAACUCUCUACAAAACAACGGUAAAACUCUUUGCUGAUUAUGAAAGGCGGCGAAAGGAGUUGGAAGAUAGGGAACAACAGAUCAGGAAGCGUGAACGAGAGGAGGAAAUAGCAAACGAAGAUAAAACUAAAAAACAGAAGGAAUGGCAGAAAGAGUGGGAGGACGGACGUACAAAACGAGUGGAUAACUGGAGGAAUUUUAACGACAAAAAGAAGAAGAAGAAGAGUAGUAAUAAAGGACAGUUUAGACCACCGAAACCAAAACUGGAACAGCGAUGAGGAAAAUCGCCAACCUUUAUAAUCAAUGCAGUGAUAAACAUUGACCAACUUGCAUAAACCAGUUUCUACUGUUCGAAGGACAGUAGUAUUUUGAUACUGACUUGUAUUUUUUAGUAGGAUUGUAGCAGGAUGUAGGCUGUAUAUUUUUGCAACUGGAUUGUAUUUUUCCUUCCAGUGUGUGCGCGGCAGAUACUCUGCAUUUAGCUGCUCAGAACGUUUAAAUGUCUUUGGUUUUCUCUGCUGGCAUCCAAAGUUAAUGACCAACCGCCGUUAUGCAUUGGUUUUUUCCACCAUGGCAUAUUUUACUUAUAUCAAGAUAGGCAAUAUACUAUAAGGGUAGGUUGCUGUGGGAGUUUAUACAAAUUAAACUCUUAGCAAGACUGAUGAAAAUAGAAACCAUCGCUUUUGAGUACAAGACCACUAUUUGAUCAGUCUUCGCAGAAGGAAGCUACAUAAAAUACGCUUAAAACACAACCCUUUUCUUACCUUGAAGUAACUGUUAAUCUUUUAUUUUUAGCAAUGUUUUCACAAGAGAGACAACAUAAACCAUCUGUCUAUUUGGUAAAGCUGGCUUGAAUUGACCAGUUAAAUAUGCAUAGUUUAUUACCAUUGUAUAGCAAUAUACUUGGACCUUACUGGUAAAUUUCUUUACCAUUUUUAUUGCACAGUGCUAACAUGUUGACUUUCAGGGAAAGAGAGUACAAAAUUUCUUCUAUUCAUCUAUUCUAAGCAUGUUAAGCUCUCUCUUGACUAUCAAAUUCCAUUUGACAAAGCUUGCCUAAAUAGGUCAUAAUGACAUCACAUCAUAUCAUGACUAUAUAUGGGCAAUCAACAGUUUUUGACGAAGAAAAUUUUAUAAUCUGAACAGAUCUUUAUAAGGCAUUCGUUACAAACUUUUUAUGAAAGGCAUCUGGUCUACAGUAUCAAAUUUUUAUUUGACAAAAACAUGUAAACAUUCCUAAAUAUGGUCAUGAUGGCAUCACAGUGACAUCACAUGAUGACCAUAUAUAGGCAUACAACAGUUUUCUUUUUCAGAAAAAAAUUAUCCUUCAUAAAGGACAAAAUCUAAGAAGGCUUUUGAUUUUUCUCGUACUUUUCUAUAUAUUGUUGGUGGUGGUAGAACAGUAUAUGUUAAUUAAAUAACUGAAUGUACAUAAGAAAUUAAAAUAGUGGGGUGGCUAAUGCUAUGCAGUAUUGUCAAGCGUAGCGGAGUAGUGUUUUUUUCAACCCUUACUGGGUUUGCCAGUAUAUUUAAUUUCACAUAAUAAAAGGUUUGACUUGUCGUCUUUGAGA